CGUGUUGCCAUUGAAUAGCAUGGAAUUAAACCUUCUUCAGUGUAUAUGUUUUGUGUUCAGCUCGGUGUAGUGUUCUGUGGUACAUGUAUGUGUUUCAUGGAUUGCUUUUUGUUUUGGAAUAAAAGUUUAUAUGCAUCGCUAGGACUUGGUAUAUUUUCAGUUUAUUUUUGUUAGAUAUUAUCCGGUCACAUGAAAAUUGAUAUGGAGUAUAUGGACGAUAGCACAGUAUGUGACUCAGUUUCAUCAUUAGUAGAAGGAUGCAGGCUUCCUGUUCAUAUGACUGGGACAAACGAUUGGCCUCUUGCAGAAAUAAUCAGUAUCAAAGAUGUCCAAGGAUCGAAAUGUUACUAUGUGCAUUAUGUUGAUUUUAACAAAAGACUGGAUGAAUGGGUGACGGAGGAAUCAUUAGAUACGAGGAAGGUGCAUUUUCCGCGGAAAGAUGUCGGGACAGGUACAGGUGUAUCGACACCGAAGAAGAUCUCGAUUGGUGGCGGUGGGAGUGUUCCGCCACCUCCGAUGGCUGUUAUAUCCAGACCGUCUAGCCCGGUAAACAAUUCUGAACUGCUGAAUGGAAAUGCUGUCCUAGCAGCUGCUCUGCAAAAGAAGAUGAAUAGGAAACGGAAAGGUCCAUCGCUAGAUAAUGAGGACUCUCAAGAUGGACCUGUUCCUUUGGUGCCUGCAAUGCCAGGCCCCAGACAAAGUGGCAGUAUGGUCUCACACCACGAUGAUAUUGUUACACGGAUGAAAAACGUAGAGAUGAUAGAAUUAGGACGGCAUCGACUUAAGCCUUGGUAUUUUGCCCCAUAUCCUCAGGAAAUGGUGAAUCUACCGUGCAUCUACAUUUGCGAAUUCUGCUUGAAAUACCGCAAAAGCAGAAAAUGCCUGGAGCGCCAUCUAGUCAAGUGUAAUCUAAGGCAUCCGCCGGGCAACGAAAUAUACCGAAAGGAGAACAUCUCUUUCUUCGAAAUAGACGGCAGGAAAAACAAGGUGUACGCGCAGAACCUGUGUCUUCUGGCCAAGUUGUUUCUCGAUCAUAAAACUCUCUAUUACGACACCGAUCCGUUCUUAUUUUACGUAAUGACAGUAUUUGAUAAUCGAGGGUUCCAUAUAGUAGGAUAUUUUUCAAAAGAAAAGGAAUCAACAGAAGAUUACAACGUGGCGUGUAUACUGACAAUGCCACCCUAUCAGAGAAAAGGAUACGGGAAACUCCUUAUUGAAUUUAGCUAUGAAUUAUCAAAAUUCGAGGGAAAAACAGGCUCGCCGGAAAAACCUCUGUCAGACUUGGGGCUGCUGUCAUAUAGGAGUUAUUGGGCACAAACAAUAUUGGAAAUUUUGAUGUCUAUGAAACCUGUAGGUGAAAACGAGAAACCACAAAUAACAAUAAACGAAAUCUGCGAGCUGACCAGUAUAAAAAAAGAAGAUGUGAUAUCUACCCUGCAAAAUCUAAAUCUCAUAAACUAUUAUAAGGGACAGUAUAUAAUCACAUUGAGCAAAGAAAUUAUACAAAGUCAGUAUAAAGCAAUGGAGACGAGAAAAAUCAGAAUAGAUCCUAAAUGUUUACAUUGGACACCAAAGGAUUGGGGGAAAAGAUCAAAAUGAUGUCCUCAUUGAUUAAUAAUGCAGCUAAACAUCUUCUAUCUGGUUGGGUUCACAAAAAGUGCUUCUUCUUCCAGUAUUAUUCUGUGUGGCAACAAAGGCUGGGGAAUGAGAACAUGUGGACCAUAAUAAUGUUAA